AUGCCUUCUGCUGGUGUUAUUGAUCAGAUUGGAUCACUGUUGCAGAAAGUUGAGUAUCUCUCUCGUAUGAUUCCGACUACAGCUGAUCGUCUGAAACAAUUUCAAGGUCGGCUUGCUGAUGGUAAUUUCCCCAGUGUUGAAGCACUGGAUGAGCAGUCAAAGCGUGAAACAUCGCUCCUUGAUAGCUUGAGGGGGGCUUUGUCUCUAAUGCGCACAGGUUUUCUUGAUUUUGGUAUGAAUCAGGACUCUUUGUGCAAGCAGUUUGAGAGCCGUGCAAAUGUAUCAGGCAAUAAUAGUGUUGAAAGUAAUGUUCAGAAGAAUAUUUCUUCUUCUGUUGAAGAUGUUGAUGCAGGACUUGGUCAGUCAGCUGCUGAAGCUGAGGACGAUGCUAGGAUUGCUGAGGAAAAUGCACCUCAGAAUUCAGGAGAUGGUGAUCAUGCACCUGUGAAUGAUGGGUUUGUUCGUCCGCCAACCCCUCAAUGUCCUCCAGCUUUUGCUGGUGAUCAUGUUGAAGAUGCAGUUUUUGAUAAAUCACCUCCUUUAGCUGAGGUAAAUGAAAAGUGUGUUGAGAAGGAUGGUCUUCCAGAUGACAGUGAUGACAAUUCAUCUGUUGAUCGUUAUUAUGUCAAGCAUAAUUUUGUCCAUCCGGCAACCCCUGUAACUCCUCCUUUAGAUGACAGUGAUGGUAAUUCUGGUGGUGCCUGUGACAAAGUUGCUGAUCAUUAUUCCGAGUUAGACUCUGUUGGAAAGGGGAAUUUAUUUCCCGAGAUAGUUGCACAUUCUGAUGGAGACAAAGAUGCUGAACACCAUGUUGAAGAUUGUGCAGUUACUGGAAAAGGUUUCUCAAUUCCUGAAGAUCUUGUAACAUGUCAGGAUGGAAAUGAUGCGAAGGAUGCUGCCCAACUACCUGGCAUUGGUGCAGUUGUUUCCGAAACAUGUGCUGAGGCUGCUGAUGAUGUUGGUGUAUUACCAGCUGCUAUGGAUUGUAAGUCUGUUGUUGCGCAUGGUCGUGAGGAAGUAGGUGUUGCUGCUGCACGGGGAGAACUGCCGGGUACUGAAGCCAAUAUAGAGCGCAGCACUGGUGCUGAUGAUGAUGACAAUAAUGAGUUUCAGGCUGGAGAUAACCAUGGACGCGAUGCCUCUGAUUCGAUUGAGCAGUCGAGCUCAUUCUUUGAAGAAUCAACAGAUGACUUGAGCGCUUCUAUUGAAGAAUCCCCGCAAGACUUAGGCAAGGAUAUCUGAAUGGGGAACAUACAGUUCUCCUACCCCACACACCCUCCCCUAAUGCUAGCCCGCCUUUUUAUUCUUUAUGUUUACUCCUCAUAUAUCUCUAUCUAAAACCUUUUUCCCUUUUUUUUUUGGUUUUUUAUGGGGGGAGGGGUGUGGUGGGGUGCUUUUGUAUAUGUAUUUUGUUUUUCGCUGUUUGGCAUCAUGUUCCAUGUAAGACACUUUCUAAUGCUAUGUAAUGCGGCAUGAGUUCAUGUCGUAGUUUUCAU